AUGAACUCACCUGAUUUCAGUGAAGAUGUAGAAGAAGUUCUAAAAAUUAACACUGUGAAAGUGGAGACAGAGGCUGAAGAUGCUGCCCUGGACUGCUCAGUGAAUUCCAGGUCUUUGGAGAAGCAUCCUCUGGACACUGUCUUCACUGCCCUCCAGGAAUCCAGCAAGAGAAAGCAGCUGAGCAGCGACAGCCAGCCAGAAUCUAUUCCCAGUGUGAAGAGGCGGCGGCUGAUUCCCGAGGCACUCCUGGCUGGCAUGAGGAACCGGGAGAACAGCUCACCCUGUCCAGGCAAUGGGGAGCCAGCAGGCAGAGGCAGGAACUCGGGCUCUGUGUGGCCAGGGGAGGAGGAAACCUGCAACGACGGGUCCACCCCUUCCUACAAGAAGCCCCUGUAUGGCAUCUCUCACAAGAUCAUGGAGAAGAAGAACCCACCCUCGGGGGGCGAGGUGCUGGGCACCUACGAGGCCAACGCCAGCAACAGCCCCUCCCCUCUGCGGCUCCUCAAUGAAUCCCAGAAGCGGGAUGGUGGAGGUGGGCCCACCACGCCUGCCGAAGGGGACCCCAACCUCUAUUUCCUGCUGCAGAAGAUGUUCUACAUGCUCAACACCCUGUCCUCCAACAUGUCUCAGCUGCACAGCAAGGUGGACCUCCUCUCGCUGGAGGUCAGCCGCAUCAAGAAGCAGGUGAGCCCCGCCGAGCAGGUGGCCAAGUUCCAGCCGCCCCCCGAGUACCAACUCACGGCCGCCGAGCUCAAGCAGCUGGUGGAGCAGAGCAUGUCGGGGGGCGACCUGGCCUGCCGUCUGCUGGUGCAGCUCUUCCCCGAGCUCUUCAACGACCUGGACUUCUCCCGGGGCUGCAGCGCCUGCGGGUUCGCCUCCAAGCGCAAGCUGGAGUCGCUGCACCUGCAGCUGAUCCGCAACUACGUGGAGGUGUACUACCCGUCGGUGAAGGACACGGCCGUGUGGCAGGCCGAGUGCUUGCCGCAGCUCAACGACUUCUUCAGUCGCUUCUGGGCCCAGCGCGAGAUGGAGGACAGCCAGCCGGGCGCCCAGGUCCCCCCCAGCUUCUUCGAAGCCGAGCCGGUGGACCCCGGCCACUUCCUGGACUCCAAGGAGCAGGAGGAGGUCCUGUCCCUGGACCGCAGCAGCACCAUCGCCUCGGACUACGUGGUGGACAUCCAGGACCUCACCGAGUUCCUGGACGAGGCGUCCACGCCCGGCGAGUUCGCCGUCUACCUGCUCCAUCGGCUCUUCCCCGAGAUCUUCAGCGCCCCGAAGCCCGGAGAGCCGGCGCUCUAUAGCUGCUACGGGGACGUGGGCAAGCGGCCGCUGGACCCGCAGCGGCUGCGCAUCAUCCGCAACUACACGGAGAUCUACUUCCCCGACAUGCAGGAGGACGAGGCGUGGCUGCAGCAGUGCAUCCAGCGGCUCAACGAGGAGCUCGACAGCCUGGGGCCCGACGGCGGCGGCAGCGAGGGCGAGCCGGCGCGCGACGACUGCUACGACUCCGCCAGCCUGCCCGACGACGUGUCGGUGGUCAAGGUGGAGGACAGCCUGGACGGCGAGCGGCCCGGCCGGCGCUCCAAGAAGAUCUGGCUGGUGCCCAUCGACUUCGAGAAGCUGGAGGUGCCCCCGCCGGACUUCGAGGUGCCGGGCGCCGCCGACUGCCUGCUGAGCAAGGAGCAGCUGCGCAGCAUCUACGAGAGCAGCCUGUCCAUCGGCAACUUCGCCUCGCGCCUGCUGGUGCACCUCUUCCCCGAGCUCUUCACCCCCGAGAACCUGCGCAAGCAGUACAACUGCAGCGGCUCGCUGGGCAAGAAGCAGCUGGACCCGGCGCGCAUCAAGCUCAUCCGCCACUACGUGCAGCUGCUCUACCCGCGGGCCAAGAACGACCGCGUGUGGACCCUGGAGUUCGUGGGCAAGCUGGACGAGCGCUGCCGCCGCCGGGACACGGAGCAGAGGCGCUCCUACCAGCAGCAGCGCAAGGUGCACGCGCCCAGCCCCGAGUGCCGGGACCUGGCCGGCUUCGCCCUCAACCCCGAGAGGUUCCGGGAGGAAUUCGAGGGGCCCCCGCUGCCUCCCGAGAGGAGCAGCAAGGACUUCUGCAAGAUCCCCUUGGACGAGCUGGUGGUGCCCACCCCGGACUUCCCGGUGCCCCCGCUCUACCUGCUGUCCGACAAGGAGGUCCGCGAGAUCGUGCAGCAGAGCCUCUCGGUGGGCAACUUCGCAGCCCGCCUCCUGGUCCGCCUCUUCCCCGAACUCUUCACGGCCGAGAACCUCCGGCUGCAGUACAACCACUCCGGGGCGUGCAACAAGAAGCAGCUGGACCCCACGCGCCUGCGGCUCAUCCGCCACUACGUGGAGGCCGUGUACCCGGUGGAGAAGAUGGAGGAGGUGUGGCACUACGAAUGCAUCCCCAGCAUCGACGAGCGCUGCCGGCGCCCCAACCGGAAGAAAUGCGACAUUUUAAAGAAAGCCAAGAAGGUGGAGAAGUGAAGUGAGGGGCAGCCCCCCCCCACCCACCACCCCUGGGGGUCCGAGUGCCUCCCGAGCACGUGUACAGCGUCCACAAGCACGCACCUUAAUGUCGUGGGGAGUGGCAUUCUCCAUUUGCACACGUAAACAGCCACCCGGCCACCAGAAACGAGCCUCGUGUUUGGUCUCUUGUCCUUCCUACUUCUGUCCUCUCUUCCCAGGUGCUGUGGCCAGAGGUGGUGGAGGGCCCAGAUGUAAGAGCAGAGAGGCUGGGAGUUAGGGGGACCUCUCUUCUUGGCUGUGUCCACCAUUCCCUUCAUCGUUUGAAUUACCAAUCCAGCAGCUCUUUUGUUUUUCUUCCAACAUUUCACAUCUUCCA